AUGGCUCUGUGGACUACACAGUUCGCUUUAAGCGCUGGUGACGAACAUAUGCGCGCAUUGGAAGACAGGAAUAAACACCUGCGGCAGAAACUGGCCGCUUUGCGACUCGAGUUGACAUCGGCCAAGUCCAUCAAAGACAAGCGGGAAAAGGAUCUGAAGGCCGCCUACAAAAAACAAAAAGAGGCUUAUGAGCAGAUGAAGCAAAAAGGGUGGUCAGCAGAGGCUGAGCUGAACGGCCAGCUUGCUGUCCUGGAGGCCAAGAAGGAGUCUCUCAUUAUGACAAAAGAGAUUAUGGAACAAGAGUACCAUGACCUUGACGACAUCUGGAAAACUAACAAGGACUCGUUAGAUGCACAACUGGCGUUUCUGCAAAGCAAUCUCAAGGGCAUGGCUACCGAGAAAGCCAACAUGCGCUCGGUACUUCGGGACGCCAAGCACAAACUUAGGCAUUACUUAAAGGAGUGCGAGGGUCUGCUAGAUGCCCAGAAGGACCUUGAACAUUCCAUUAUCGAGGCACUUAGUCUUGCCCGCGCCUUUGUUGUUAGAAAGUUGGCUACCAUUGUCCAGGACGAUGUCGUGCUUGCUGAGCUGAAGGAUCACUACGAGAAGGAAGUCGCAGUGCUUUCCAGUCGUCCUGGACAAACUGCUACGGGUAAGUGCAGGACUUCUGAUCUUGUCAGAAGCGAGCAAAAGACAAGCCCUGCUGAUUUAGUUACUAGUACAGACAGAUCCAAGAAAGCCAAGGAGGACUCGCGGCCCAAAUCGGCAGUAUCGUUUACUACCGUUAGUAAUACAAGCCCAAGGAGUAAGGUAUUGAUAGAGGAUCUGGCAUGUGAACCGGCUGUGCCACCUGCGCCACUCACUCUCACUCCGGCUAAUGCUAGAGCAGAAGCAGAAGACCAGACACCGGGAGAUACAGAUCCGCUAAGCACAACACUGCUAAUUAGGAAUGCUUUAGAGAAAGAUAGUAGUGAUUACUACCGUCGUCUUCUCAACGAGGAUGCGAUUAGAGAAUUUUGUUUGACCAGUAAAGAGGAGCAAUCUUCUACUAGUGCAGGAUCAUACAUGAAAAAGCUUCUUCGUCCCUCAGUGCAGGACUGCACAGAGUCGUAUCCUGCAGACAAGCCAACGACAUCCGGUCCCAGAGCUGCUUCGUCGUCCAAGAAGGCCAAGAGAAGCUCCUCCUUGAAACGCCGUGCCCAGCAGAUCAAGAAGCACAACAAGCAAUAUCUAGACCAGAUGGCUCUGAUAGAUAUCCUUACGGAGCAAAGGAAGACCCUUCAAGACAAGCUCAUCAACAUCACAAACAUCCGGGGAGGAACAUACACCAAGGCGUCGACGAUAAUGAUGAUCCGCAAGCAAAUCGGAGAGCUCACAACAGAGAUAGAAGGGCUAAUCCAGACCCUUCCAAACAUCUCCCCCGUCCCCAAGACGACCUGA